AUGGCUCCCGCGGCUUCAUUGGACAAUCUAUCAAAUCCUCUUGUGACUGCUGCCCAACUGGCGACCUCAUCCUCCUCACUUGACGGUGUUACCAUAGAUUUGGAGACAUCCGUUCGGUAUGCAGGUGUUCGACUUACCCAGGCGGCUGGAAUCCUUUUACAGCUUCCGCAGGAUGUGAUCGCUAAAGCUAUUGUGGUUUUCACAAGAUUUUGGGUUGGCCCUGAAGGAGGCAGCCUUGCUGUUUAUUCUGCAAAGGAUAUAUCUGCCGCAUCGCUCUAUCUGAUGGCGAAACUUUCCUUUACACCAAUUUCUCCACGCUCAAUUAUCAAUGUUUUCGCGUUCCUUCUCUCCCCAGAAGCUUCUCCGUUGGAUUUUACCAACCCACAUCCGCCCUCGGGAAAGCCGAUCCCGGAAGCAUACUACGUAUCAGAAGGGAGCUACCAGGCAGAGCGGCUAGCUUUAAUGAAGAUGGAAGCUACCGUUCUGCGCACUCUGGCCUUCAACACGCACGUCACCCUGCCCCAUACCAUUGCCCUUACAUAUCUACAAACACUUGGAGCAUCCUCAGCGGCAGUGUCAAAAAGAGUUUUUGAACAUUUAAAUGCAGCGUUGCUCUCUCCACAACUGUUAUAUUUGACGCACCAGCCAAAUGCAUUAGCAGUGUCAGCAAUAUAUCUGGCAGCUAGAGAGGAGGGCGUGAAACUAGUGGAUGACGAGUGGUGGGAAGUUUUCGACGUGGAUAGGGAGGAGUUAGGUUUUCUGGUUGUUGGGAUGAGAAGCAUGGAGAAUUUUGCGACCGCUGAGAAAGAGAAAUGGAAAGGCCGUCGGGUACCGUUGACUGUUGACCAGUUGGAGGCGGAGCAGGAGACGCGGAAGAUGCUGGAAGAAGGGGAAUGA